GAGGGGUGGCAGAGAGGAAGAUGCGCUAAGGCUGCAGAGGCUCCGGAGCAGCUUUCCACGCCCAGGAGCUGCCGCUAUUUCUAGCUUAAUCUCCGCUUGCUCGCCUGGCAGCCUAAUCUCUGGUGCGGACGCAAGCCUUCCCUGGGGUGGCACUAGCGGGACGAGGCAAAUGCCUGCAUGCGUAGAAUACGCUACCCUCUCCGCCUGACACACACCUCGGUCUUUCCUCUCGCUGACUCUUUUGGCCCGUUCCGCGCGCAACCUCGCAGGUCCGAAGGGUUCUGGAGACCUUGGAUCCCCACCCCAGAAGAUGCCGAAAGACAACGUGUGCAAAACGAGGAGGCGUUGCACAGCCCUUCUGAGGCUACAGAAGACUCUGCAAAACUCGCACAAUAUACCCAUCCAGUCAGGUUAUUCUGGCCCAAAUCAAGGUGUUUUGACUAUCUAUAUCAUGAAGCUGAAGCACUUCUGAGGAACUUUCCUGUCCAAGCCACAAUUUUCUUUUAUGACGAAUCAGAGAGUGAGGAAGAUAGUGAUGAGUCCGGAGCAGAAGUGGACAAUUAACUGUGCUGUCUCCAAAUGACCCUGUUUAUAUUCCUUUAUUUAAUAUUGAUAUAAAUAUGCAAUCAUAAAAUUUUAAGCUAAUUUAUAUAUAAGUUAUUGUG